GCGUGUGCUUCUUGUUGCAGCAUGGCUUGAUCAGUGGGACUACGCAUUAUAAACAGAUGGUUAGGUCAUUGGUUUGCUAAAUUGAAGUAUUUUACUAGUCCCAUCUAGCAAGGCCAUUAUGGUUAAUGCAGUUGUAUGUUAACGUCGUUGUGUACCACUGUUUUGAUAUGUGAUGUUUAGUUAGCGAGAUAUCGCUAGCUGUCCAAGCUAACUUUGUAGUUACAACUCCGUGUAACAUUGUAGUUCGUUUUUGUCAAGAGACUUAAUGUAUUGUACUGUAUAAAACAGUUUGAGUCUUGGUAGUGGAAGGGUCACAUAUCCAUAUCAAAUAGGAUUUUUCAAAAAUUCUACCGGUCUGGACUGUCAUUAGCUGGACAGAUAGCGUCGUUGAGGUUGACGUUACAUUAUUGACACGAUCCGCAAGAAUGGCUGAAUCCACGUCUAAAAAGUCUGAGUCGGCUGUGAAGUCAGCACCAUCUCAGCCACCUAGUAAGAAGAAAACGAGUAAAGAAAAAAGAAAGAAGUUCAUGAAAGCCCAGAAGAAAAAAACGGAGGGGACGGAGAAGUUGAACUGGGGUCCUCCUCAAGACGCUCAACAGUUCUCCUCCAACUGGAAAACUCUGCUUGAGAUAAUGAAGUCAACCCCUGAUGCUAAAUCUAAGCAGAUGGGCCCAGAGAAAACAAACUCAAAGGUUAAAAAAGAGAACUUUCAGAAAAAGGCAGGAAAAGCCAUUUCAAAGCCAGUGCUAAUCCCUGAAACCAAGAUCCCACAAAACAAUGGGAAAACCGAUGCCCUUGAAAAUAAGAAAGUUGGAGGACCCUCAAAAACCGAACACAAAGCCAAGAAAAGGAAAGUUAAUGGCCAUCUGCCUGAGAACAGCAAACCAGCUACUAAAAAGAAGGUUGAAGAGCCAGCUGAGAAGAAACCUACCGAGGCAGAUCUCUGGUUUGACGAUGUAGACCCUGAUGACAUUGAGACUGCAGUAGGGCAGGAGGCGGCGGACAUCGUCAGGAGGAGGAAGGGUGUGAGGACUACUGACGCUCAGAGCACAGAGAGCGCACUUGUGAAGGAACACAGUUUUGAGGGAGUGACGCGAGCCGUGGCCAUGGACUGUGAGAUGGUGGGGGUGGGUCCCGAUGGCGAGGAGAGCAUCCUGGCGCGCUGCUCCCUCGUUAACCAGUUUGGCAAGUGCAUCUAUGACAAGUUUGUGCGUCCUACUGAGAAAGUGACUGACUACAGGACAGCGGUCAGCGGCAUCCGUCCAGAGGACAUCAGCGAAGGGGAGAACUUCAAACAGGUCCAGAAGGAGGUUGCGGACAUUUUAGAAGGAAGAAUUCUGGUGGGACAUGCCAUACACAACGACCUGAGGGUACUGCUGCUAGACCAUCCCAAGAAAAAGAUCCGCGACACUCAGAAGUACAAGCCAUUCAGGAAACUAGUCAGAAGUGGUCGUCCAGCUCUGAAGGUCCUGUCACGUGAGAUCCUCAACGUCAGAGUUCAGCAGGGGGAACACUCAUCUGUCCAGGAUGCCCAGGCUACAAUGCGUCUCUACACCAUGGUGAAAAAGGACUGGGAGAAGGCCGUCAAAGAGGGCAAACUCCAUGGCGUUGCAGAGAAGAUUCUUCGCAAGCCCAGAACCCCAAAGAAAAAGAAGACUGCAGCCCAGCCCAACACUGUAAUUGCCCUCUAGUCAAUGAGAAAAUGGCAGUGACGAGGCUCCUUGGACGUCCUGAUGGAUGCACCAUACUUGUGGAACUCCAUAGCUCUCUCUGUGAGCAGGGCUUUAUUGGGAGAGAGACUGGGCCGAAUGUGGGGGCCCAGGGUCUCCCUAGGAGCCCACACAGGACCGUGUUUUCAUUCGUGUGGUCAAAAUUAAGUAUUUUACUACAAUGUUUAUUUUACCAAAAUGUAUUUGAACAUGUUGGUUCAGUGAUUCUACAGAUAUAUACAGUUGUGUUCAAGGGAGAAACAGUGCCUUAAAGGGUUGCAUUGAAAUCUUGCAUCAUGAAUUAAAGAGGACUCAUAGAAA